AUGAGGUACAAGCCCUGCCUGAGCCCAUCGUUCUUCUCUCGAUCAACACUGCACACCUUUCUGCUUGGAUUCACUUAUGUCGCUCUGGGAUCAAGCCGUGUCCUUUUGGUUAAAUUCUCAGCCAAUGAGGAUAACACUUAUGACUAUGUUCCAGCGACCGUUAAUGUGUGUGCCGAGGCUGUCAAGCUGCUUUCCUGCUUGAUAAUGGCUUUUAGAGUCAUUCUGAAAGAGAAGCGCCCGCUUAGAUGCUGUACAUGCUUUACUUUAAAGGAGUUCUUUCGCUACAUGAAAUGGGCUGUACCAGCAUUUCUUUACUUUCUGGAUAAUUUGAUCAUUUUCUAUGUUUUGAUCUACUUACAGCCAGCCAUGGCUGUAUUGUUAUCCAAUUUUGUCAUUAUUACAACUGCAUUUUUCUUCAGGAUCAUACUUAAGCGUCAACUUUCAUAUGUACAAUGGGCAUCCCUGCUUAUUCUCUUCCUAUCUAUUAUGGGCCUAACAUCCCAAAAUGGUACCCACAAAGAUGUAUCUGUUCAUGGAGUUCACCACAUAUUCCAUUCAGCCCCAUCCAACAGUUGCAUUUACGUGUCAAAGACUGAUGCAGGAAGCCAGGAUUCCAGGACUUCUGUAUUACAAUCUGCACUGAAGAAUAUGCCUCUUGGAUUCGGUCAUUUUCUCAUUUUAAUUCAAUGUGUUAUAUCAGCUCUAGCAAACAUCUACAAUGAGAAAAUUUUGAAAGACGGGGACCAGAUUUCUGAGAGCAUUUUCAUUCAAAAUAGCAAACUUUACGUGUUUGGCGUGUUGUUCAAUGGCCUCACGUUGUCUUUUCACAGCGAGCACUUUAGCAAAAUAAAAUCCUGUGGAUUUUUCUAUGGCCAUAAUGGAUUUUCAAUUGCUCUCAUUUUUGCAACUGCAUUUGUAGGAUUGUCGGUGGCUUUUAUAUUGAAAUUCCGAGACAAUAUGUUUCAUGUCCUCACGGCACAAGUGACAACAGUUAUAAUUACGAUUGUGUCGUUUUUUGUAUUCAAUUUCAAGCCCUCUCUGGAAUUCUUUCUAGAAGCACCUGUGGUUCUCCUCUCUAUAUAUAUUUAUAACGCCAGCAGAAUUUCAGAAUCCAAAGGACUUGCACAACGUGAAAAGCUAAAAAUAGUAAAUGGAGAUGUUUGGGAGCGACCUGGCGGAGAUGGCCAAGAACUUGAAAAACUAACCAAAACAAGCGAUGACUCUGAGACUGAUGAAGAAAUCUUCUAA